CACUACAGCAACGAGAAAUUAUCAGAAUCUCUCUCCCUUUCAUCCCGAUGACGACUAAUCUCCCAUUUCCGAUUACACUGAAACUCAUCCUCUCUAGCUUAGCUUCCAUCGUCGUAAUCACUCUCUUCUUCAUCACCAGAACCGAUUUCUCACAAUCUUCAUUACACCCGUCGCCGGACAAAACUCUCCGGAUCUCCAACUCCUCCACCGGAACUAAAUUACAGAGCCAAGAAUCCAUAAAUUGCGUUAAGAUCCCUCCUUCGCUCGCCGAUGCUCUCGUCCACUACGCCGCCUCCAAUAUCACUCCCCAGCAAACACUCUCCGAAAUCUCCGUCACCAAGAAGGUCUUGGAGAAGAAAUCGCCGUGCAAUUUUCUGGUAUUUGGGCUGGGCCACGACAGCUUGAUGUGGGCUUCGUUAAACCACGGAGGAAGAACCAUCUUCUUAGACGAGGACGAGUCAUGGAUCCGUCGAAUCUCUGAGAAAUUCCCGUCUCUGGAAUCGUACCACGUCAAGUACGAGACAAAGGUAAAAGACGCGGCGGCUCUGAUGUCGUCGGCGAAAAACAGAGAAGAGUGCCGUCGCGGCUUGUCGACGGAUCUUAGGGUUUCUGCGUGCGAGCUUACGCUGACGAGGUUACCGGAGGUUGUUUACGAGACGGAGUGGGAUUUAAUCAUGGUCGAUGCUCCGACAGGGUUCCACGAAGAAGCUCCGGGGAGGAUGACGGCGAUCUAUACGGCGGGGAUGAUUGCGAGGAGCCGGAAGAAUGAAGGAGAGACGACGGCGGUUUUCGUGCACGAUGUAGAUCGGACGGUGGAGGAUGAGUUCUCCAUGACGUUUCUGUGCAGAGAUUACUUGACGGAGCAACAAGGAAGGCUCCGUCAUUUUACGGUGCCUAGUCACCGGAACAAGAAUUUCUCCGGCGGUAGAUUCUGUCCCUGAUCCACCGUGGAUAAAAGAACAAUUUUUAUUGAUUUUUUUUUAAUCACUGCGUCGUUAAUAUCAAAAGAGUUAAUUAUCCAACGAGCGGGCUGAUUCAUUUGGGCCAACGAAUGGGCCCAAAACAUAUAAAAAAAACAAAAAAUGGAUUAGUUUUGUGAUUGAUACACUAAUGUUGUUAACUUGGAUUCAAAUUUUGGUGGUUUGUAUGUGUGAGUUAUAGUAUAUACUGGCAAAAUAAAUGUCAAAAAUAGAAAAAGAAAAAAGGUUUGAUUAUAAUGUUGCGAACGAAAGUCAAAAAACGUUACAAGAACAAACUAAACAGACCAAAAACAGUACGAAGUUUAUAUUUCUUCUUGAUUGCUUCAUAAUCGCUAUGUCUCUACUAGUUGAGACUAGCCAGUUGCUGAAUGUUGAUAGGAAACGCGACCGUGGGGUCACCAGCAAACGCUUUCUUGGCCAUUAUGAGAUUAACUUUUUCCGUAGGAUGAAAAGCGUCCCAAAACAGAUACUGAUCUCUGUUAGGACAAGGCGUCUCAAAGGGAAGACAAGUGAUCUGUCCUCUGUUCCGUC